UUAGACUACCUCUGCAUUUUUAGCAGCAGCAAAUCUGUCUCUGUCCAAAAAUUACUCUGUAUCUGAAUUCUUGACGUUGCUCCGAUUCUUAUCUCUUCUUCUCCAUCUCUAUUUAAUUUUCUCGUCUCCAGCAAUGAAUACUCAUACACGACGGAUCAUUUCUCAGCUUCGCACUUCAAUUAGGUACUCCAACUACUGGAGAAAGGGUAUCAGAAGGUUUUGUAGCAGUGCCGUGGUGCAUGAAGAGCCAAUCACUCCACCUGUUGAGGUUAAAUAUAAUCAGCUUCUCAUUAAUGGACAGUUUGUUGAUGCAGCCUCAGGGAAGACAUUUCCUACAUUUGACCCUCGAACAGGCGAAGCUAUUACUACGGUUGCGGAGGCCGACACUGAAGAUGUCAACCGUGCAGUCUUUGCUGCCCGUAAAGCAUUUGAUGAAGGACCAUGGCCUAAAAUGACUUGUGCAGAAAGGUCAUGUAUAAUGUUGCAGUUUGCUGAUUUGCUUGAGAGGCACAGUGAUGAACUUGCAGCACUUGAGACUUGGGAUAAGGGAAAGCCUUACGAACAAGCUGCAAAUGAAGAAAUACCAAUGCUCAUUCGUCUUUUCAGAUACUAUGCUGGUUGGGCUGAUAAAAUUCAUGGUCUUACAGCUCCUGCUGACAGUUUGCACCAUGUUCAGACCCUGCAUGAGCCAAUUGGUGUUGCAGGACAGAUAAUACCCUGGAAUUUUCCGUUAUUAAUGUUCGCCUGGAAAGUUGGCCCUGCACUUGCUUGUGGUAACACUGUCGUACUAAAACCAGCAGAACAAACACCACUCUCUGCCCUGUAUGUGUCAAAGUUAUUCCAUGAGGUUGGACUUCCCCCUGGAGUCUUAAAUGUCAUUCCUGGAUCCGGUAGUGCAGGUGCAGAUCUUGCCAGUCAUAUGGAUGUCGAUAAGAUUGCUUUUACAGGGUCCACAGAAACUGGUAAAGCUGUCGUAGGUGCAGCUGCAAAGAGCAACCUAAAACCUGUGACAUUGGAGCUCGGAGGAAAAUCUCCUUUCAUCAUUUGUGAAGAUGCAGACGUUGAUAAAGCUGUUGAGUUGGCUCAUUCUGCUGUUUUCUUUAACCAGGGACAAUGCUGCUGUGCUGGAUCUCGGACAUUCGUACAUGAAAGAGUAUAUGAUGAAUUUGUGGAGAAAGCCAAAGCUCGUGCUUUAAAACGCAUUGUUGGAGACCCUUUCAAGAAGGGAGUUGAACAAGGUCCGCAGAUUGAUACAGAGCAAUUUGAGAAGAUCCUGAAGUACAUAAAAUCUGGUACUGAAAGCGGGGCUACUCUCGAGUCUGGAGGGGAAAAAUUGGGUUCCAAGGGCUUCUAUGUCCAACCUACUGUCUUCUCAAAUGUCCAGGAUAACAUGCUGAUUGCCAGAGAUGAGAUAUUUGGACCAGUGCAGUCCCUCUUGAAAUUCAAGGAUGUUGAAGAGGUCAUCCGAAGGGCAAACUCGUCACAUUAUGGGUUGGCAGCGGGUGUUUUUACCCAGAAUAUAGAUGCAGCCAACACAAUAUCUCGAGCCCUUAGAGUAGGGACAGUGUGGGUUAACUGCUUUAACAUCUUUGAUGCUGCCAUUCCGUUUGGUGGUUAUAAGAUGAGUGGACAUGGAAGAGAGAAGGGAGUCUACAGCCUAAGUAACUACUUGCAAGUCAAAGCUAUUGUUACCCCUCUGAAGAAUCCAGCAUGGCUGUAGUUUUCCCCCCUGCUUUCUGGUACUCCUGAGAUGUCGUGCAACACGGCAAUCUUGUCUUUUAGAGGUCACUUGUAUACAGUGUAGAUAAGACCAAAACGCUGUAUUGUGUGUGUGUUAUUGUUUGUUACUAACUUCUUAUGAUUUGAUAACAAUAUGCAAACUUGUUUGUGUGAGACCUUUCUUGAUUUCUGUAGCUCUGAUGCAAAAUAGGAUCUUGUGUUUGAGUUUUGUGGGAAUGUAAUGAAUUAUAUAUAGAUGUAAUGUUAUAAUUCUAUAUUACUACGGUA